AGUAAUCCGGGUUUAUAUUUCAGCAUGGGAUCUGCUAUUUAGGUCUGAUUCUUCAUCCUAGUGCGGAUUAACAUCAGUUCGAGGUGGAAAACCAACGCGAGCCAGGUUCCUGUGGAUCAGAUCAGAUCAGGAGGUAAUAGAGGAGAGAGCCGUCCUGCGCCUUUUCUCCGCCUGAUUGACCAUUUGUGUCUCCAUGGAUACCAGCAACGUCACCCAACAGGUAGAGAGCGUCGAGCGGAACAUUGCUUUCUUACAAAAAGAGCAUCAGGUCCUCCUGACUGGUCUGCGCCUGGAGAUCCGUCACCUGAAGAAGAGAUGUAAUGAUCUGAGUUGUGAACUGAGCAAAAGCUCUGCUGCAAGAAAUAGAGUCGACAUUGCGACUGAGGAGGAGUUCCUGCAGGCUCGCAUACUGCAGACAGAACAUCAUAUUGCAGAACAAGAGUGCUCGCAGGGGGAGCUGAAAGCCAAGCUCCGCCACAAGGGGGAGCAAGCGAGCGCUCUGCAGGUGCGACUGCGUGAAGAAGAGCGGCGCUUUUUAGAGGAGCUAAAGCGGCGUAGCCAUAAGAUCACUGCACUUAGCCGUGAUCUCCGCAAGCAGACAGACAUCGCUGCCCAGCUAACUUUCCAACUACACUCGGCACGUUUUCGUCUCUACCAUCAAGCAGAGGAAGGAGAGGGGGAGAAAGAUGAGGAGAAGAAGAAAGAGGAGGAGGAGGAAAGGAAAGGUGAAAGAGGCGAGAAGGGUCCAGGCUGUUUAUCGAGCUUCCCACAGGUUUUAACAGCCAGACCAGAAGCCAGACAUCGUAGCCAUUGUUCAGCAAGACUGCGAAGGUCAGAACGUGUGAGGGAAUGUGUGCCACAGGAACGCAUCCUGGGGCCUGAGAAACCAUCUCCAAUGCCUGACCCUGCCCUCUUCCUGUAUCCCUUCCCUCAAAGGUUGCUCCCUCUGCACAUAUCACUGCGAGGACACUGUGGCGAGGGGGAUUCACAAAGGCAGAUGGGUAGACUACGGACUCGAGUGACGAGAGACGACACCAGACCAGAGACAACAGAUUUAUAGGAUAUAGACUGACCAGUUACUCUUUAGGUGAUGUGUAUAGUCUGUGACUCAUUAAUGGCAGAUGGAACCUAUUUCUUACUGCAUAUUUACAGCACAUUUCCGCUCAUCCCUGGGGGCAGGUAUGGCUGAGUGCCACUAUUAUUAAUAUCAGCUGUUCAACAAAUGUUAGUGUAUGUAAAAUCCUCGUACACAUUUUUGAAUUACAUUCAAAUAAUAAUCAGUUCUUUUGGGUGUCCAGUGAUUAAAAAAACUUAAUUUAUUAGCUCCUAUUAGCUAUUUAGCUCCUUAGUUAUUAUAACAUCUAGUGGUCAACAUAGGAACUGCAUCAAGCACUAAAAGAAGCCCUAUGGGGCAGGACUCACGCUGACUAAGUAUUUUAAUUAUUUAAAUUAAAUAAGUUUAAUAAACUUCAUAGAAAGUGUCUAUGAUGUUAAGAAGCAUUUCAGCUGAUUGAUAUUUGCAACGAGGAGAGGAUUUUUCGUGGAUAAUGUCCGUGUUGGAAAUGCGUGUGCACCACAUUGACCUUAUUUCUUGUACAAAGGCUGAGAAAACGAUGUCUAUGAUUUUUGCCAUUAGCUUCAGGUGUUUCGUGUGUUUUCUGAGAUAUGCAGUAGUUGAGAUAAAAAAAAAAUUCUGAGUACCAGGCAACCCUGAAUAAUGAUAUUAAUUCUUUGGAAAACGUACAUGCUCUAUGGGACACAGUUACACAAACAUUUGUACAGUGCGGAUGUCGUCAGUUCUUUAGAAUUACAGAUUUCUCAAAAAAUACAAUAGACAUUAGCAUGAGUCACAUGCGAUAGCCUCGCAACACUAUCGUAGUUGUAUUCAGGAUCUAUUGAGGUGUCAAGGUGGCUUUCUUGUCCUUUUCUCUAGUAGAGUGAUGUGUAAUAGAUACACACACACACACAAACACACACACAAACACACACACAGAAUGAAAUAGUUAAUGAUAUCUUCCAGGUGUUUAUACAAGUGGCUGGUAAUAUCGAGUAGUAAAAGGUAGAAUAGACAUUCAAAAAUAUUUGUCCAGAGAUGAUGACAUGGACACCACAAAUGCACCAAAUGUUAAAACUUAUUAGCCAUUUUUUUCCCAUGAAGAACAAGCUACCAAACAGCUAGAACUAAUCAAUGACAUGCAACAAACAGGACGGAUGUAUGAGUCAGAUGAAUAAACAGAUUCAUAUUUAUGUUUC